CCUGUUUAGCCGCCCCGGGGCAGGCUCCGACCUAGUUGACGAAGACCUACCCGGCGAUGUCAUCGGCCGAGGUGAGCCCCGCCGUGAUGGGCACCACGUCGGGGGAGGAAGAGAAGGUCGUGCUGCGCUGCUGCGACGGGGAGGAGUUCGCGGUGGCGGUGUCCGUCGCGAGGAAGUGCGGGACGAUCAACAACAUGAUCGACGACGGCUGCGUGGAGGGCGGCAUCCCGCUGCCGAACGUCAAGGCCCCGGCCAUCUCCAGGGUGCUCGAGUACCUCAGCAGGGAGCAUAGCGCCGAGGCGGCGGAGGCCAAGGCGUUCGAGAAGGCCUUCCUCGAGAAGAUGACGAAGGAGGAGCUGUUCGAGCUGAUCCUGGCGGCCAACUACCUCCACGCGGAGGAGCUGCUGGACGCGGCGACGCAGUGCCCAAAUGAUUUGGUGUCCUAUGGCGCACCUAAUGAACUAUAUAUCGAGUUUGAUGAUUCUAAGUUUUUGGUGGCAGGUGCUGUUACAUUUGGACAGGCACAUGACAGUGAUAUAGGAUCAGAUGCAGAUCAAAUGAGAAAGAAGGCUUUGCUGAUGAUGCAGACACUUCAGUUAGUCCAUGGACCUACUGCUGUUGACGAGCAGAUGUUCAGGAAUGCUAUGGAAGCUUUAAGGGCUCUUCCUGCAGUGCAGUGCACCGAUGGAGUAAUUGUUCAAUCUGGCAUGAGUAGCAUGGACAUUGAGCAUGAGCAGCUCCCUUGCGUCGCGGACAGGAUCAGGGGGGAGACGGUGCCGGAGCUCCGGGAGUACUUCGGCAUCGAGAACGACUUCACGCCGGAGGAGGAGGAAGAGAUCAGGAAGGAGAACCCCUGGGCGUUCGACUUCGACUGAUCGAUUCGAUAAUUAGUAGCCGCAGGAAUUUAGGUUUUUUUUCAUCGUAUAGCAUGCC